CUGCUUUUCGGUUUAUUUUAUUCACAUUCUUGUUUACUUUCACUAUGUAAGUUUGAAGUUUCAAAUUGUCGAUUAAUUAAACAUGAAGAGACAUUUAGCCUACAAUUUAGUAAUUGUAAUGUUCCCACCGUUUAAAUAAUCAUGACCACAAUAACCACUCUUCUGUGUGGUAAUUGCUGCUCCGUUAACACCGCUGGAAAUUUAGUGUCGUCAAUUUUACUGCAAAAUCAGUAUGAAAUCGAUGGAGCGACGACGACGAUUUCCAUUUCAAAAGGACUCUCCUCUCUAUUUUAUUACUGGAUGGGUGUCCCUACAGAAGAUAAGCUUGACCCCGACGGUGACCUCCUCCACUUUUGUCCCGAUUGCGCCCACAUAUUUCGAGAAUUACACAAAAUUUCGGUCCAGUUUCUAAAAUUGAGUGGGACCGAAAGCCAGGUCGCUAAAAGAUUGGCGGAGUUGAGAAAAGCGCAUGGAAUUAUUUCAUCAUCGCCUCCCCCCACUUUUAAUAAAAGACAAGACAAAGAGGUCACGCAAGGUCAAAAGCUUGACCUGAGAAAUUAUCAAAUUGACCCUAUCGAGGAAAAUAUAGAAAUCAAAAAAGACCCUGAGGAUGAGCUUGACCUCGCCGUUCUAAUCAAGGAGGAGGAGGACAUCGCCGAGCUAUACGAUGACCACGUUUCUACCGGAACAUAUAAUCCACUAGGUUUCGAAGAUGAUGGUAUAAGCGAAACUCAUGGUUAUGGAGAGAUCCAACUCAAGACUGACGGGGAGGAUGAGGCUGAAGACUCCGAAGCGGACGAAUUUGCAAUUGAUCCUCUCAAAUUGUCGGACGAAGAAUCCUCCAAUUAUUCGCCAUCCUCUGGUGACGAAGAUGACAACGAUUCAGAACCCGACAACACCGAACCCGAUAAUACCAAAUCCGACAAUACCGAAUCCGCUAAAUCCAAUCGACUCGGGUGUUCCGAAUGUUUUAAAACGUUUGCCUCCGUGGAAACAAGAGAUCGCCAUUUUAAACAGCAACACGACGAAAAAUUUACACCUUUACCCUGUCCGGCUGAUACAUGUGACCUCACCUUUAAGCGGUGGGACCAAUUAAGGACUCACAUAACGAAUUACCACCCCGGCGUCCCCUGCCCCCCUGUCCGAACGAGAAAAGUUUACAAGACGAAGAAGCUGGACGAAGGCGGGAUCCCCUGUCAGGUCGCCACAUGCGACAAGAAGUACUCCUCCAACUGCUUCAUGUAUCACCACAUGCGCACCGUCCAUCCCGAAGUCCCCCCCAAAAUGCAGAGGAAUGCGAAGGGGUCGCAGGAAGCCAAGGAGGCCAAGCUGAAAGCCAAAACGACCCGCAAAACUAAGAUUAAGAAACCCUGUCCCGUUUGUGGAAAACAGUUCAAUUCGAAUUUUUUGAAUACGCAUAUUAGAACACAUUCGGAUGAGCGAAAACACUUAUGCACCACGUGCGGGAAACUGUUCCGGACCUCGCGCUACCUCUCGCUUCACAUCCAACAUGUCCACAUCCGAGAGAAGAAGUAUCACUGCGACGACUGCGGGAAGGAUUUUGCCCGCAACUACGAGUUCAAAGACCACGUGAAACGACUCCAUGGGAAUUUGGAGAAAUCCGAGAUUUGCGAAACGUGCGGAAAAACGUUUCGCCAUCAACCCGGCUUGAGACAACAUCGGCAAACCCAUUAUCACAAGGAUGCCUUCGAGUGUCCCAUUUGUCCCAAAACGUCCAACUCCAAAGCGAACAUUGCGUCGCACGUGCGAUGGGUGCACGAAGGCCGGAAGAGAGAGACGCAUAAGAAGAAGAAGGAAAGAGGUCGCGUCGGGAGGCCGCCGGAUGAUGAGAGGAGGAUCGCAAAUUAUGCGAGGGGGGAUGCGGGGGACAGUCAAAAUAGUUCCGAGCAGGGUUAUCCAGCAUUGUCUAAUGCGUCCUCGUCUUCUUUGAACUGACAGCAAGACAGGAGGAAAUUGUCCCCCCCAGAAAUGACAAAUCGUAAUCCUAAGAAGUCCCACAAUGCUAAUAUGUUUCCCCAAUUUCCGCUCAGGAGACCUUUUGUGUAUAAAUGGGAAUAUUAAAAUGGCUAAAAAAUUUGUAAUUCUUCACCGAAAUAUGUACGAGUCGCUAUUUUAAAGCAGUGUUAAAAAUAAUGUUACCCUUGCGUGGGUGCGAAAAACCCUGCAAACGCGCGAACGCGUUCGCCGGGACAGACGGGGGGCAGGACCUUUUUUUUUUUAGGGACCUUUUCCCAUAAGGCCCAUGUUAAAAUUUCCGGGAUUCUGUCCCCCCGUUUGCCGGGAUGAAACCGGAAAUCGCACCCACGUACCCUUGUGAAAAAUAAAGACACCGUGGCGUAAAUAAGUACUCUACUUAUAGCCGGUCUCCAAACAUAGCCCGGUCUAGAGACCAAGAUUUUCAAAUUUUUCAAAUUUCAUAAUUGCGAAAAAAAAUAAAAGGAAAGGGUAUUCGUAAA